AGGUUUGUCAGAUGCACAGAUCAUAUCCGGAUCGAAAACUGGUGCGAACAAGGAACGAGUGUCGAGUGAGUAGUUUCGGCACUUUUUUCGGUUUUGUUUAUCCGUGUGUCGUUGGCAAGCUGCAGCAGUGCAGCGGGAAGGCAGAGACAAUCUUGGCAGCUCCGUUCAACGACGUCGUUCUCUGUAGAUCUACUAGGCUGUAGUGUAGGGGUGAAAGGAUGGGUCGACUAGGAGCUGAAUGGCGUAAACUCGUCACAGUAACACGGCGGCGAGAAGGUGACAGGCUAAUGCCGUGUACAAUCUGUACCUAUCGAGCAUCGUCGUUGCUGGUGUUAAUGUUGGCUUCAGUCGCUUCGUCCAUGUCCGUAUCCGAUUGCAACGCGUCUGUGCAGCUCCACGUACUCUCCGUAGAGGUACAGCGUUGCUCCUUCAAUCAGUUCGUCAACGCAUGCACCGGCACUGCGAGCGGCAUCCUGGCAAAUGCUUACUUGCGACCUGCCUCUGGCGGGAGCGCCGCAGCUGCCUCUGGUGGGAGCGUCACGGCUGCCUCAGCAGCAACGCAUAAUGCAGUGUGUAGUUUGCCACUGAGCAGCCAGAGUGCUAUCCCCAGCAUCGGCAAGGAACAGUCGCUCCUUGUACCGUGCCUACCAGCCAGUGGGGAGGUGUCCGUGUGCUUCGCCGUGUCGUGCUGCACUGCCAAUGGCGGUGGGGACAGUGCUCUGGGGGCUGUGAACGGCAGUGCAUCGCUGCGGCACAGCGAGCUUUGCCUGGACUUGGCGGUUAUGCAGCUGUCCGGGAGCAACUCCAGUAACGCUUCACAGUCGCCAGUGCUACUGGAGGACGGCCAGACCUCCUUGUUGGUUGCCGUGUCUGGCGGAGAGCAUUCGCAGCAUUCGCAGCAGCAGCAGCCGGUUCCUGGCUCGCCUUGCAACUGCGAACUGCCACUCUGCCGGGUGAUUUCGUUCCUGCCAGGCUGCGCAACAAGGCAACCAGACUCGCCUGAUCCCAAGGCUGACAGCAGUGAUGGCGGUCUCAGCACAACUGUGAUCAUUGUGCUAGUGGUUGUGUUCAGCGUGUUGAUUGGCACCGGUGUGUGCGGUUACUUCCUGGUGAAGGCGGGCUGCUGCCAGCAGCACGAGCCGUGCAGCACGGCGUACGGCGGGGCUAAGUCGACGGACAACAGCAUGGUGUCGACGAACACGCAGUGCCAGCACGUGGAGAUACGCGCUCUGCAGGACCUCACAUUCGGCCGUAUGUCGCCGGACCUGUCGCAGGGCCCGUCGCGGCAUCAGAGCUCGUACCGGUAUUCGCCAGGCGAAGAGGAGCCGGACGCCAACGUCCCGCUACCACCGCUCCCCUACUCGGAGAUCAUCGAGUCGGGCUCAUUCGCCAAGUGGAUCGACUGCAUCGACAUUGAAGGCAGCAGAACGUCGGUGGCGUCUUUAGCUAGCAACCGGCGCAACGAUGCCACCCAGGUGACUCUGCAUACGAAUACGGUGGCGCUGAGCCUAAACGAAUUGGAUAACGCAGAGCCGGACAUAGCAACCGGCGAGCAUAUUGGCACCAGUGUAUAGCACGAACUACUAGUGUGCGCGAAUAAUAGGAGAGAAGAAUUUGCUAUCCUAGGAUUCUUGAGAACUUCUGCCAGCUUGACAUUCUGAGACUCUAAAGCGACGAAGCCGAUAAUUAUGAUUGUGUCCUUGAUAGAACUUCACUGCCUGCCUGCUUUUUGCGCUUAUAGCAGUUAUUCAGUUCUGCUCGGGAAUUUCAAUGAAGUCUUCAGUUACGAUAUCACUCUAUAGUUGUGUAAUGCCACUGAACUCACUAUUCAAUAUAAAACCUUGAAUAUUUAAAUCAGAACCACGGCCGUGGUGGACUUUAUCUAUUGUACUUUUGCGCUGAGCUUUAAAACAUCUUUGUCCUUCAAGUUUAUACACAAUGUGUCAAACAUGACUCGUCUUUCGUUUUCUUAUUUCACUCCCAGAAUAAACCGGCAGAACGUGUACAGUCA